AGGUGGACGUUGUUUUGAAGUAGAGUUUAAUUUCGCUUUUAAAACAAAUACAGAAAGUUAGCAUCUAACAUUUAUGAAUGUAAAUUUUGGUUAAGAUUCUAUUGAGGUUGGAAAGAAAAAAAGCAUUGUCUAGUUAUCUCUCAUAAUUUAUAAAACUAAAUAAAACGACAGAUGCACCAGUCUUUGGGUGCACGUAGCAGAAAGUACAGGCAACAUCAAUGUCUACAACUGGGGCCUUAAACAGAUACAGUAUUGUUAAAGAGAAUAUACGUCAAAAUCACGCGACGGAAAAGCGCGCACCCUCCGAAAAAAAACAAGGCUGUUUGUAGUGAUGCUAAGCAACUGAGUUUACAUGUCAGUGUCUGCAGUGAGUACACAUUGAUCGAGGCUUUAGCAUCAUUUACGUUAUUGUCAGUGUAGCUUUUUUUUUAAUUAUUUACUUUUUUUAGCAUUCUUUUGCAAGACUGCGGGAAGGACGUCACUUGUUUGAACAAAAAAUGUUCGUGUUUGUCGUUGGACUAGUGGUUGCUUGGUUUGCAUAUCGCUGGUACAAAGAAACCAAAAGGAUCUCGAACAGAGAAGACAAAUAUGUCUACAUCACUGGAUGUGACUCAGGGUUUGGCAACUUACUUGCGAGACACCUGGACCAGCUGGGCUUUAAUGUAAUUGCAGGCUGCUAUACAGAAAAGGGUGAAGAUCUGCUGCAGAAAUUAUCAUCCCAUCGACUGACAACCUUGCACCUGGACGUUGCUGACUCUUCCAGUGUCAGCAAAGCAGCAGGGGUCGUCCAGACUCUGGUCGGGAAUAAGGGCCUCUGGGCUCUUGUGAACAAUGCCGGAGUCUCUCUGCCUGUUGGUCCCUCUGAUUGGCUGACAAUUGAGGACUAUAAAUCCCUCAUGGCUGUCAAUCUCUUUGGAGUUAUAGAUGUAACAUUAAGCGUCCUGCCUCUCAUCAAGAGAGUCAAAGGCAGAGUAGUGAACAUGGCCAGCGUGCAUGGGAGAAUCACCCCCACAGGUGGACCAUACUGCAUCUCCAAGUACGGAGUGGAGUCUUUUAAUGACGGCCUGCGUUUAAACAUGGCACCAUUUGGAGUCAAGGUCGUGUGCGUGGAACCUGGUUUCUUCAAAACAGACAUGAGUGAUUUAGAGCUGGUGAAGAAAAACUUUAAAAGGCUCUGGGAUCGAUUACCUCAGAAUGUGAAGGACGAUUACGGCCACAGUUUCCUGGGGCAAAUUUGUCAAAGACUGGACGACAAGGUAAAGAAUCUUUUUGACAAAGACCUAAUGAAAGUGGUUCGCUGCAUGGAACAUGGCAUCUGCGCUGUUCACCCUCGCACACGCUACUCUCCAGGAUGGGAUUCCAAGUUUUUCUGGCUGCCUCUUUCAUAUGCACCCACAUGGAUCUCGGAUAGAAUUUUCCUUAGAAAUUCUCCCAAACCGAAAAAAUCUGUACUUUAGAUUUACUACCAAAGCCAGGAUUAGAUUAUACGAACCUAGUGACACAACAACUCAGACUUUUAUAUAUUCUAGCUUCUUAUUCAUAUUACUACACAGAUUUUAAAAUGUUUUAGUACUGCAAAUUAAAGUUAAUCUGGACUGAUAUGUGAGUUAACAAUGUGAUUCUAGUGUCUUCUCAAAACUGACCAAAGAAAAGUAAUGCAUAAAUGUUUACCUAGAAACCAACAGGGUCAUUUCUUAAUAUCAUUAAUGUCAUUGUGGACAAAGGUCAUAAAAUAAAAUUAGAUGUACUGACUGAAACUGGGUGGAGGGUGCAGAUAAAACACUGUCUGGAAAUAUAUCUUUGUCAUAUUUAAUAAAGAUGUGAGUUCAAA